CUUAUAAGCUUAUAUGCCUGUAUGAAAUUCUCAAUAAAUUAUUUUUUUAAAAGACAGCUGUUUUGUCUCACUUGAUGGGGAUGCUGGGAGGGCAGGAUCUAGCCAUUCAAUACCCAUUCAACACCUUCCAGUACUAGGGCUAAGAACCCACAUCCCGUCAGUGUCCGUGCUUACCUGCAAUAUCACUGUGCUUUACUUCUCCAUACCUCUGUCCUGCAGGGAAACUAUCUCAGUGCAAAGAACAAUCUUGGGGAUCAGAGAUACAGACGGAAAAGCCUCAUGGGCCAGCAUUCUUAAAAUCUGAAAACAAUUUUCUCAGAUGCCUACUUCCAAUCCUGGCCCUGCAUCUCAGACUCCCAGGUGUAAGGUUAGGAAAAGGCAGGCUGUCAAAGAUCACCGUCCCAUCAACUCAAGUAUGGUUCAGGCCCUGGUUUCACACAGAUCUUUUGAUUCAGAUGGACCAGGGCUUGGCAGCAGAUCCAUUUGGAUUGUAAGCCUCAGGAUAUUUGCGCAAGCACCUAGAGCUCAGUCUUGGACUGGCUCCAUAUUGGGCACCAAAGCCAAGAAGGUCUGUUUUCACAACCAGGGUUCCACGAGGCAGACAGAUGUCUCCACAGUCAUGGCCAAACAGGUGUCCAAGGACCAAAAUAGCAAUCAGAUGACCAGAAGGGCCAGCUUACCACCUUCUGUCCAAAGCCCAGCAUCUUCCAGCAGCAGCAGCAGCAGCAGCUAAAAAUAGGCAUGAAAAGCACAUGCUUUGGGAGUAUCAACAGGGACAGCACCAUCCCGACCUGGGUCCAGAGCACAAUGAGGUCGCUCCGCUUAAUUUCUGCUGAAGCCUUGGUGUCCCACCCCCAGCUGGCCAAGGAGAGCCUGGACAGUGUAGCCUACAACCUCUACCCACUCCUGUUCAAGGCUAGCUACCAGCUAGAGCAGGCAGAAGUGACUCGUGCUGUGCUGGGUCACUGGCCACUAGAGGAGUUCCGGCUAGCUGUGCUGCUAGGGCCAAGUACCGACCACCCUGAGGACCUGCGUGAUCGUGCCUGCAAGGUCUGCCUGGAGGCCUGUGUGCAGGGCCUGGCUGACCAUGUGCUACGAGGUGGGAGCUGCCGGUUGCGGGUAGCUGAUCUCACAGGCAUCCAGGAUGUGCAGGUGCAGCGGUGUCCUUGUGGGAGGGCACUGGGAAGGUGGGGCCGCACCAAGCUGCUGGCCAGGACCUGCUGCCAGCUUCAGGCAGAGUCUUGUAGAGCUGGGCACCCCAUUGAGGUCCUCACUGACCUCUUUGUCACAGACAGCAACUUUGAUGUGGUGGUUCAGGCCCUUAAACUGCCAGGCCCAUCCCCUCUGCAGGUGCGCUGCCCUUCACUCCGGGCAGACAGCCUAAGCCCUGGGCAGCUCCUACAGGUGCUAGGCCUAGCUAGGCCAGGGGAGCUGAGAAAGCUGGAGGUGGUACACAAUGUCCGAUUGCACGCUGGCCACGUGCAGCAGCUUCUGGCCCAGGUGGGCUUCCCUCAGUUGGCCUCACUCACCUUGCCCACCAAAGCUUUUGACGCGCCCCCCACCUACGCCCCAGCUCUAGUGGGUGAGGAUCCUCUCCUCGCUUCUAUUGCCUGGGAGCUCAGCCAGAUGACCCAGCUCACUGAGCUGAGUGUGGCUUUUUCUACACUAACUGGAAAGAUUCAGACACUCCUCAGCCCCUUGAAGACACCAUUGCGAGUGCUGGACCUAGCCAACUGUGCCCUGAACCAUGAAGACAUGUCCUUCCUGGCAGACUGCACCCACACUGCCCACUUGGAGGUGCUGGACCUCAGUGGACACAACGUGGUCCACCUGUUCCCCUCUACCUUCUUCAGGCUGCUGAACCAGGUUGCCCAGACACUGAGGGUGCUAACUCUAGAAGAGUGUAACAUCACAGACAGUCAUGUUGGUAUGAUGAUCCUGGGCCUCAGCCCCUGCAGUCAGCUCCAGGAGUUCAAGUUCCUUGGAAACCCGCUGUCAGCCAGCGCCCUCCGGCGCCUCUUUGCUGCAUUCUGCGAGCUUCCCAGGCUGCGGCGGAUUGAAUUCCCAGUACCAAAGGACUGCUACCCCGAAGAUGCCACCUACCCCCAGGAUGAGCUGUCAAUGUCCAAAUUUGACCAGCAGAAAUAUGACAUGAUUGCUGAGGAACUGCGUGCAAUGCUGCUGCAGGCUGACCGGGAGGACAUCCAGGCCUCUACCCCCCUUUUAGGAAGUUUUGACCCAGAAAUUCAUGAAACCAGCAAUGAGCUUGGUACUUUCUUGCUGCAAGCUUUCAAAACUGCUUUAGAAAACUUUUCCAGAGCACUAAAACAAAUAGAGUAGGCCCUGAAAUCACGCCAUGAGAGGCUGUGCACUUCAACUGACAUGGUGACCCGGGUUCAGUCCUGAAUGAGAAACUUGGGCACAGCCAGCAUCAUCACUGCUGGAAGUUAUUUCUUAGUGAAAAUUGUAAGCAUACCUGUUAGGCACUAUAAGAGAAAGCCUUGCUUUCUAGGUGUGACAGGAAGUGUCCCUAGCAGUCAGCACCUCAGGAUCCUGCAGGGGGGAAGCCACCAUGGAUGAAGGACCUACUACAGUGGCAAAGGAUGGAUAAGUAUGUGGCUGGACACCAAGCAGGGUCCACUUGGCUCUGAUGCAGUGAGGGGGAGGAAGGAAAUGAGAGAACCCAUCACAGAAAAUGAAUAAAAGUAGCAGCAGCCCAUAAAAUAAUAAAUAAAUGGAGAGAGACCAAGAAGUGAGAAUGAAAAGUGAACCAGACCCAAGCCCAGCAGCUCAGCUAGUCUAGCCGGACAUACCCUGACUGUUGUAUUAAUGCUGACAAGAGCAGGGGGUUUAUGGUGGGGGUUGGGAGGUGAGGCAGCUUUCAACUUGCUAUCCCAGCUUGUGGUGGCUUUGUUUCACAUCCAAGCAGGUAUGCACCAGUCUGAUGUAGGCUGGGCCUGAGGGCACCUAGUUGUUGAAGGAUACCCAGGGAUUACUGGCACAUUUGAUCACAUUUUCUGCUCCAGAUCCAGACCUUACACCAGGCAUGUCCAAGCAACAGCAAUGCAGCACACAGCUAUGAAUGCAGCCCAUCCAAAAAUCAUAAAACAUAGAAACAUUUGUGUGUGAAAAUUUCUGAUCCUAUCACACAGUUCUCAAGUAUGAACUUUAUAGAAAAUAACAUCGUGCUACCAUGUCAAAGGCUGAACAUGCCUACAGUGUUGUACCCCCAAAAUCCCUGCUCCUCAGAGUGGUUGAGGUCUAGCCUUCUGCAACUCUUUUGAGACAAAUCAUCACUUGAGGAAGAUUUGUUUGAACUUGGUUGCUAAUAUCUGCUUUGCCAAAUAAAACAGAAGUGUGGUUUACUCAGGUUGUUUCAUUACUAUUCUGAAUUUUUAAAAUUUAAAGUAUAAAAAUAAACCAUACUUCUUGUUAAAUGUACAAGCUUUGAUCCAUAACUACCUGUGUGCUGCCCAGAAGUCUGAAACUUGAUUCCACUGUGUGGCUCUUCUCCAUGUGAUCCUCCCUCACAUGCCUCUCCAUCCCCAGUCCCUCUCAUGACACUUCCUCCCUCAGGUACAUCAUCUCAGGUCCUUCCAUGCCACCUCCUUUCCUGGGUACUUCUCUACCCCAGGUCCUCUCACACUACCUCCUUGACUAGGUCCAUCCCAGGUGCUUCCAUAUGGCCCCUGGCCUUAGGCAUACCUACCGCAGAAUGGGACAACUACUGUUUUCAACUCCAAUCCAAAAUAACACAACCAACAAGUAGUUAGAAAAUAAAAUUACAAGCUGCACCAAAACUUUUU